AUGGAUAUAGACACGUCGGUUUCCAUGUGUGCCACCAUUCUUGGUGGGUUUAUUGUGUUGUAUGGCCUUUGCUCUCUGGUGAUCAAAGAGCGACUGUACAUCUCUGAAGCAUUUGUGGCUAUUGCCUGCGGUAUAUUAUUCGGGCCUAUCGGCUUCAACCUUUUGAACAUCGAUGGCUGGGUAUUGAAGGAGGAGUUGACUCGUCAGUUUACACGUAUCGUAAUAGCAAUCCAGGUGAUGGCGGCAGGAGUUGCUUUGCCUAAAGCUUACCUCCGUACCGAGCUAUCAUCGUUGCUCAUUCUCCUUAUGCCUGUUAUGAUCUGGAUGUGGCUCGUCAGCGGGCUCUGUGUAUGGCUGUUUAUCCCCGGGUUAACUUUUCUCGAGUCACUUAUGAUUGCGUCCUGUUUUACACCUACCGAUCCAGUCCUAGCAAAUUCCAUAGUCCAGGGACAUUUUGCCGAGAAACAUGUGCCACCCAACGUUCGUAAUAUCAUCUCGGCUGAAAGCGGGGCCAAUGACGGUUUAGGGUAUCCUUUUUUAUUUCUGGCCAUCUACCUGAUCAAAAUGCCCACGGCAGCAGCUGUCACAAAAUGGAUGACCGUCGUGGUUCUCUAUCAGAUCUGUUUUUCGGUCGUCAUCGGCUUUAUUGUAGGCUACGUAGCUCGUAAAUUACUCCGAUAUGCAGAGGAAAGAAAAUUGAUUGACAAUGAAUCUUUUCUGGUAUUCGCCGUAGCACUCUCCCUAUUUCUCAUGGGGAGUGUGGCGUUGAUCGGCAGCGAUGAUCUACUAGCGUGUUUCAUUGCUGGCAAUUCAUUCACGUGGGACGAUUGGUUCCGAACCGAAACACGGGAUUCCCGUUUGAUGGAGGUCGUUGAUAUGCUACUGAACCUCAGUAUAUUUGUAUAUAUUGGCAUCACAAUGCCAUGGUCUUCCAUUCUUUAUUCAAUGGAUGGAGUGACGCCAUGGCGACUGCUAGGAUUAGCUGCGGCAGUUUUACUGUUUCGGCGCCUUCCCAUUAUUGUAGCUUUGUUCCGAUGGAUCCCAGCGAUACGUAAUUGGCGUGAAGCUUUGUUUACGGGUUGGUUUGGUCCCAUCGGUGUAGGUGCCAUCUUUUAUUACACGGUCGCGGUCGACAAUUUCGAUAUCGAUGGGCCUCAUGAACAUGCAAGACAGGUGAUUGAACCAAUCAUUUAUUUCAUGGUGCUUUCAUCCGUUGUGAUCCAUGGUAUUACUAUUCCAUUGUUCCAUUUGAGUACCUACGCCACAAGGACACUGACGCGUUCCAGCAUAUCGUCCAAUUGCAGUGACAGCAACCAAAAGGGUUUUGUCACCACACUUUAUGGCUCUCUUCCCAUCGCAUAUAUUCGCAGUCGUGAUUGA